UGAUCUGAUUGGUGUGUUUCCACAUGUGCUUCUGUAGAGAGCCGGGUAUUCAACCGACUAGUGGUGUGUAGUAAACUCUGGUAUAAAUCAUCACCCUGUGUGAGAAUAAUGGCCGUGCAAGCACCCCCAGCCGCUCCCUCUAGUGCUACAGCUGGCCCCGAUGUCUACGAUGAGGCAGUUGAGGAGAGGGUCAUCAACGAGGAGUACAAGAUCUGGAAGAAGAAUACUCCCUUUCUUUACGACCUGGUCAUGACACACGCUCUCGAGUGGCCCAGUCUGACUGCUCAAUGGCUGCCCGAUGUCACCAAGCCCGAGGGAAAGGACUACUCUGUACACAGACUCAUUCUCGGAACACACACGAGCUCUGAUGAGGAUAAUCAUUUGGUCAUUGCCAGCGUUAAACUGCCCAACGAUGACGCACAGGUGGAUGCCAGUCGCUAUGACAACGACAGAGGAGAGUACGGUGGGUUCGGAUCAGUGAGUGGUAAGAUUGAGAUAGAGAUCAAGAUCAACCAUGACGGAGAAGUCAACAGGGCCAGAUACAUGCCUCAGAGUCCAUUCAUCAUCGCCACUAAGACCCCCUCUGCUGAUGUCCUUGUCUUUGACUACUCCAAACAUCCAUCCAGACCUGACAAUGCCCACGAGUGUGUUCCCAACCUCAGACUGAAGGGCCACACUAAGGAAGGAUAUGGGCUCUCUUGGAACUGCAUCAAAGAAGGCUACCUCCUCAGUGCCUCUGAUGACCAGACUAUCUGCUUGUGGGAUAUCAGGUCUGCCGGUAAGGAGGCCAAGACACUGGAUGCUAAGAACAUCUUCACUGGACACACAGCUGUGGUGGAGGACGUUGCCUGGCACAUGCUCCAUGACUCCGUCUUUGGCUCCGUCAGUGAUGACCAGAAACUCAUGAUCUGGGACUCUCGAAUGAAAGCAGCGACCCAAGCCCAGCAUGUGAUCGAUGCCCACACAGCCGAGGUGAACUGCCUGGCCUUUAACCCGUUCAGCGAGUACAUCCUGGCCACUGGCUCGGCUGACAAGACCGUUGCCAUGUGGGACAUGAGGAACCUCAAGAUGAAGCUGCAUUCGUUUGUGGCACACAAGGACGAAAUCUUCCAGGUCCAGUGGUCUCCCCACAACGAGACCAUCCUGGCCUCCAGUGGGACAGAUCGCCGACUGCACGUGUGGGACCUGAGCAAGAUAGGAGAGGACCAGUCUCCAGAGGACGCAGAGGAUGGACCACCAGAACUUGUGUUCAUCCAUGGUGGGCACACUGCCAAGAUCUCCGACUUCACUUGGAACCCCAAUGACCCGUGGGUAGUGUGCAGUGUCUCCGAGGACAACAUAUUGCAGGUGUGGCAAAUGGCUGAGAAUAUCUACAAUGAUGUCGACCCUGACACACCCCCUAACGAGAUGGAGCAAUGAACUCACUGUACUCACACUAACUCAACUUAAUUUAAUUAACCUCUCAUUUGUUUGUAAGCGAAUUGUAUUACAAUGCACUAUUAUUAUACAUGUAUACUCUGUAUAAAGCUUGUCAGCCAAAAAUUAAAAAAUAUA